UUGGGCAGAGCUUGAGGGAGGGGGUGAUUGGGAAUUGAGGUUUGGUAGGGAGGGGUCUCUAGAAUCCACUUAGCCUGACAUGGCUGCACCUCCACCCUCGGUUCCGGGGUUCUGGGUCUGUCCAGCGCACUGUGUCCUAGUUUUUUCUCUUUGAGGAUGAUUAUUUUGAGCCUCACCUGGAUGGAGCUAGGAACAGCCAUUUCCUUCCCUGGAGCUGUGAUGCCCACCUGACACCCGCUACCUCUGACCUGCGCCGGGAAGGGGGUUUAGGGAAGGAUGGGGACCUACGGAUCUGAGAAAUGGGCAGUGGUGGGUGAAAUGGAGGCUGGGUACUGGACACACACGAGGACCCUCUGGCACUGGCAGGGUGCACCAGGCUUGGCAGGAAGAUUACUGAGGGUCGAGUGGGCAGGUGCUCCUGGGGCAAGACCUGCUAGGAGAGCAGCAGUGUCAGGAAGAGUUGAGAUGUACCCAUACUCCCAGAAGACAAAAACGUUAAGAAUAUUUUUUUGGUUGGUUUUGCUUUCUUUACCCUUCACCCUAGAUCCCAAGACUCAUUCCACUUCUAUUUUUGCAAAGAGUGAAACUGAGGCAGAUGACAGGUUGGCUGGAAAUAGCUGUGUUUAGAAUGGAAAGGUGGUGGAGAGGAAAGCACAGUGAAUUUGGAGUCAAAAGACCUCAAGGCUUGCCUCAGUGCUCCAUGAGUGGCCUUGGGCCAAAAUGCUUCCCCUUUCUGGGCCUUAGCUUUCUCCCCUAUAAAACGGGAGAGGGCCCACCUGUCUCGCAGGUUGGCUGUGACACCAGACGUGUCCAAAGAGCUCUGUGAAAGGGACUGCACUGAAUACUGUGAGGUGCAAUCUUCACUACUGCACAUGCACCCCCUCCCUGCCCCUGCCCUCACCGAGGGUACUGGCUAGCCUGUGGGGCCCCUUUGUAAGAAUGAGAAAAGGUACUUCCUGUGUAAGGAGAGAGUGUUCAGCUGGGCUAGGGACUUGGGGGUCUUACUAUGAGAAUUAGAAAAAGGCACACUUUCCCCCAGGGGCAGCAGUUCCACACAGUUGGGCAAGUAGAAUGUGGGUUGGACUCCAGCACCCACCUACCCUCAGGUGAACGUCCUUGUUGUGUACAGCGCAUCACAGCUGCACCUGGCAACCCUUCUUGGCAGGUCCCCGGUGUCUCUAAGAGACACAAAGGCGCCAUGCUGCCGCUCCUGCUGGGCCUGCUGGGCCCAGCCGCCUGCUGGGCCCUGGGCCCGGCUCCGGGCUCGACAGAGCUGCGCUCGGCCUUCUCGGCAGCACGCACCACCCCCCUGGAGGGCACGUCGGAGAUGGCGGUGACCUUCGACAAGGUGUACGUGAACAUCGGGGGCGACUUCGACGCGGCCACCGGUCAGUUCCGCUGCCGCGUGCCCGGCGCCUACUUCUUCUCCUUCACGGCUGGCAAGGCCCCGCUCAAGAGCCUGUCGGUGAUGCUGGUGCGCAACCGCGACGAGGUGCAGGCACUGGCCUUCGACGAGCAGCGGCGGCACGCCGCGCGGCACGCCGCCAGCCAGAGCGCCAUGCUGCAGCUCGACUACGGCGACACGGUGUGGCUGCGGCUGCACGGCGCCCAGCAGUACGCGCUCGGGACACCCGGCGCCACCUUCAGCGGCUACCUGGUGUACGCCGACGCCGACGCGCCUGCGCGCGGGCCGCCCGCGCCCCCGGAGCCGCGCUCGGCCUUCUCGGCGGCGCGCACGCGCAGCCUAGUGGGCUCGGACGCGGGCCCGGGGCCGCGGCAUCAGCCCCUAGCCUUCGACACUGAGCUCGUCAACAUCGGCGGCGACUUCGACGCGGCGUCUGGCGUGUUCCGCUGCCGCCUGCCCGGCGCCUACUUCUUCUCCUUCACGCUGGGCAAGCUGCCGCGCAAGACGCUGUCGGUGAAGCUGAUGAAGAACCGCGACGAGGUGCAGGCCAUGAUUUACGACGACGGCGCGUCGCGCCGUCGCGAGAUGCAGAGCCAGAGCGUGAUGCUGGCGCUGCGGCGCGGCGACGCCGUCUGGCUGCUCAGCCACGACCACGACGGCUACGGCGCCUACAGCAACCAUGGCAAGUACAUCACCUUCUCCGGCUUCCUGGUGUACCCCGACCUUAUCCCCGCCGGCCCGCUCGGCCUCGGGCCUCCGGAGCUCUGAGCCACGACCCGGAGAGGAGCCCCGGGCGGCCCGGGGUGUGCAUGCCAAGCCGGGACCGUGGCCCGAAUGUCCCGCCGGCGCGAGCAUGACGGCCCGCCCAGCGUGGCUGGACUCUGCGAAUAAAGUGGGCCUGCGCCGGCGCCUGUCUGCCGG